GAGGCGACAACACGGUCAUGAAGAGUCCAGGAAAUGGAGAAAGUGAUGGUGGUCAGGCCGCGCCAGGCUCUGCAUCUACAGCGGACGGCACGGACAACCGUGACCAUGUCCAGCUGAAAGUUCCUCUCAUCCAGCAGUCAUAUCACUGGGAUUGCGGCUUGGCCUGUGCACGUAUGGUACUACAAUAUCUUAAUCGUCUUCAUGAGGAUGAUUUCCAGAAUGCAAUGCAGGUGCUCCAACUCACAAAAAGUAUUUGGACAAUUGACCUGGCGUAUCUCAUGCACUACUUUAGGGUACAGCACCGGUUCUGCACACAGACACUGGGUGUAGACAAAGGGUACAAAAAUCAAUCUUUCUACAGAAAGCACUUUGAUGCAGAGGAGAACAGAGUAAACCAGCUAUUUGCACAAGCCAAAACCCAUGGUGUCAAUGUGGAAAAAAGGAGUGUUACGAUACAGGAAUUGCAAAACCAUCUUUCCCAGGGACAUGUGGCCAUAGUACUAGUAAAUGCUGUUCUUCUAUUGUGUGAUCUGUGUCCUAGUCGCGUUAAGUACUGCUGCUUUCUUCCAAUUGGACAGAAAUGUUUCUGCAGAAGCACCGAUUACCAAGGCCACUUUAUUGUACUUUGUGGUUACAACAAAAGCUCUGGCGGUCUUUUCUACAACAAUCCAGGAUACGCUGACAGAUUGUGUCGGACAAGCAUCACUAACUUUGAAGAAGCCCGAAGCAGCUACGGCACAGAUGAGGAUGUUCUACUAAUCUUUGGGGGCAGCUGACGGUAGCAUGCGAUUUAUGCAGCAUUGCCGAUCAUUUCCAUAUGUGCAGAACUCAUUCUGCAGUACAUGCACUACGGAGACAUUUUUUUUUUUACAUCUACGGUGUGAAAUGAAAAUAACCUCAUGGAUGACAGCUGGAUCCAAAACACUCUCCAGGGAAGACAUCCACUACUAGCUGGAAUUGUAUAUGUACAUAAAACUUUUUACUGAGCACAUUAACCUGGGUAAUUACUUUAGUAGUAUUGCAGAAGUGAAGUACAGGCCCAGUAAUUAAGAAACAAGUAGACUUUUAACACACCUUAGCACCUUAAUUAUAUCCAGGCAAAUCAAGCAAGUUUACAGAUGCGUCUACCUUUUUUGAUGGCUGAUGAGGUCACCUGUACAUCUCAACACCGUACUGCUGCAUAAACGGGAUGUGCACCUCCAACAUCCCUCUAUGUCAGCAUGCUACCAGACCCCAAGCUUCUGUAUCAAUGAGAAAGCACAUCCA